CACCAUGUGUCGAAGUUCUCUUUGCGCUUUACGGACAACUUUAAUCGGUGAUAAUACUGUUUCGCUGUUGUGAUACCCCGUUACAUAGUAUAGGUGGUCUCAGAGCUGCGGUCAUAUUUGUCCGUUGCCGUGCCUCACUCCGCAGGCCAUAGUAAGCAGACGCCGUGCUGGAUUGGUCAUCAACGACCUCUUCGUACAACACUCUGAAGAGUUGCGUUACUACAGUUGCACAAUAACGAAGUAUUUAAUACUUGAUCUCGGUCCUUUUUCGGUUCAGACAUAGUCAAACUUUAUUUGCAUACCUCAACCUCGAACAAAUCAGCCGUCUCUACCAUGUCUUCAACCACCGUCCUCAUUACUGGUGCCAACCGUGGUCUUGGCCUAGGCUUAUUGCAGAGAUACCUCGCCCAACCCAACCACACGGUCAUUGCUGGAAACCGUAAUCCUGCGCACCCUUCGUCACAGGCACUGGCUCAGUUGCCUAAGGGUGAGGGCAGCAAGCUCAUUGUUGUCAAGAUCGACGCUUCGAUUGAAGAGGACGCCUCGAUCGCCGUCAAGGAGUUACAAGACAACCACGGCAUUGACUACCUCGACAUCGUCAUUGCCAAUGCAGGUGUCGCAUAUACCUAUCCUUCUGUAGCGGAGCUGAAGCUCGAUGACCUCCGUGGUCACAUGGGGCCGAACGUUUAUGGAUUCGUCACCCUCUACCAAGCCACACGGGCGCUGCUCCAAAAGUCACAGAGAGAGCCCAUCUUCACACCCAUUGGGUCAAGUGCUGGCUGUAUUGUCAACCAACUCCCACUCCAUAACGCGGCUUAUGCUCCUACCAAAGUGAUGGUCCACUGGCUCACGAUCCGUAUCAAUAGCGAGGAUCCCUGGCUAAACGCUUUCGUCCUGGACCCUGGCUGGGUGCAGACGGAUAUGGGUAACGCGGCAGCACAUUUGUACAACCUCAAGGAAGCGGACAUAACUACUGAUGCGUCUUGCGACGGCAUGUUCAAGGUUCUCAGCGCAUCGACCAAGGAAAAGGAUGGUGGCAAGAUGAUUGGCUGGGAUGGCGGUGUUAGAGUUUGGUAGUAGCGAUAUACAGUUACGAUAACCUUUCUGUUAGAGAAGAGCAUGGUAACGACCUCAUUAGCUGUGAGACAUGAACUUGAGGUCAAAAGAUACCCUAAAGGUAGUCAAAUGAGUUUCAAACU